AUGGAAGUGAAUGUUGAUAACGAUGGAAUCAUAUAUGUUUGUGAUCAUGAGGCGCAUGAAGAAGCACGCUACAAACAAGUUGAGACUGUUGGAACAGUCGUAGCAGGUGGCAAAGGAAAAGGUGUCCAUCUCAAUCAGCUCAGUCAUCCAACCUGUAUUUUCGUAGAUAAAGAUCAUUCAGUAUAUGUUUCGGGUUGGGGCAAUCAUCGAGUAGUCAAAUGGGAGAAAAAUGCAACAAAAGGUAUACUUAUUGCAGGUGGUAAUGGCUAUAGCAGAGAUCCUAUGGCACUAGCAGAUCCAUUUGAAGUGUUUGUAGAUGAAUCAGACAUUGUCUAUGCUGUUGAUUGGAGAAAACAUCCUGUAGUGUGCUCGCCCAAAGGAGAUACACAAGGUAGUGUUAUUAUUGGCGAAGGCAAAGACGGCAAUGGAUCCAAUCAAUUCUAUCAUCCUAUGGAUAUAGCAUUCGAUAGGCAAGGCAAUCUCUAUAUUAGCGAUUGUACUAACCAUAGAUUACAAAAAUUUAAUAGAAAUAAAAAUAAUAUUUAA